UCUGCCACGCUGUUCUACCGAUUUUUUGAAGGAAACGUGCAUUGUUAAGAAUAUACAUACAUAUCGAAACGUCUGUUUUCUUCAAGUUAACCAGCAGAGCAAAGAACUUUUGAGUUUACCAAGCGGCUUUUGGGAUGCGAUGGAUUUGGUUAAAAAUGGUGCCUCUGGCAUUGUUGCUGCUUAUUUUUGUUGAUGGGAGAACAGAAUCGGUCAACAAGCCACUACAGGAGCCCCUCCUGCACUCCUGGGGCAACAGCCCAAGAGUGCCGCUGGCUCGGGCCAAACGCUACGCCAUCAACCCCCUGGGCUACAAGUGGGAGCACUUUAACAUCACUUACAAGAUUACAAAGUUUCCCAACACCCUCAGUAAGAAUGACACCCGGAAAGCCAUAAGGAUUGCCUUCAAUAAAUGGAGUGAUGUCUCCCCUCUAACCUUUACUGAAAUCACCAAGCCCAACAAGAGUGCUGACAUCAUUAUUGGUUUCUACACAUUCAAUCACACCGACUGCUGGGGGUCACCGCUGCACCCCUGCUUUGAUGGCCUGAACGGAGAGCUGGCCCAUGCCUUCCUGCCCCCCCGGGGAGAGAUCCACUUCGACAACCAUGAGUUCUGGAUUCUGGGCAAGUCUCGCUUUAGCUGGAAGCAGGGUGCGUGGCUCAACGAUCUUGUUCAGGUUGCUGCCCACGAGGUUGGCCAUGCUCUCGGGCUAUGGCAUUCACGGGAUCCCAACGCUCUAAUGCACCCCAAUGCCACUUACACCGGGCAGCGCAACGUUGCUCAGGAUGAUAUCUGGGGCAUCCAGCGUCUUUAUGGCUGCUUGGAUAAGAAGCGUGUGUGUGACCCCUGGGCCCGGCUGGGGUUCUGUGAAAGGAGACGGAGCUUUAUGAAAAAGCACUGCCCUCAGCGGUGUGACUUGUGUUAUGAGCCCCUGGAUGCUGUGACUACCCCUACAUCUCCCCCUGCCAACGUGAAGAUCAAGGUGGUGCCUCGGGGGAAAGUAGUCGGCUUCCGCUGUGGGACCAAAAAUACAAGAGUGCCUCCAAAAGUCAGCUGGUAUAAAGAUGGGGAGCAGCUGGUGACCUCCAUACCCGGAUACAUAUCCAUCAAAGGCCGGGAUCUUCGCAUUGUGGCCAACGAGUUCAACGAGGGAACGUACACUUGCCGCAUUCUCCGUCGUGGCAGUGUUGUUUCUGCCAACUCCUGGGCCAUUAGGCUGAAGCCAGAGCGCUCCUCCAACAACAGCUGAUGAUGAGAGACCGACUCAGAACUCAUGCCUACCUCCAGCCCUUAAAACCACUCCAACCAGCUCGCCAUAACCUCAGGCUGAGCUUAACCGCUCAGCUGCCGGUUCCAUGGGACAGUUUUGUAGCGGAAGAAUCUUUCAGUGGUAGACGCCAAGUGGAAGAUCAAUGUAGAAACACGUUAGAUGGCUCAUACAUAGAGACAGGUUAAAUGGCUGAAACGGCACAUAUUAAAUAUAUAAGGAAAGGUGCAGUAGGAACACUAGAAGCUUUUUUUGUAUAUCACUGAUUUAUUACCAUAUUUGACUGUGAAAAAGUCAAACAGAAGUUUUUCUAGGGUAUUAGGGUGUCACUCAUUAAAUGGAGGUUAACUAAGUAAAGCUGCUGACAGACACACACACUGCAUAAGAAUACAGUCAGUGAGUGCAUUCAUUGUACCUUCUCCCUGCACUGCAUAAGGUUUUGUUCCAGUAAUGACAACUACAUCCUCAGAAAAAAUGCUAAAUAACCCCUUGAUUAUAUUCCUCUUGGCAGACAUGUCCAAGCCCACAAUUAUUUCCUCAGCUACAAGUAAGGGACUUUGAUACAUUCUACUGUGCCUCCACUCUACUAUCCCUGUGUCAAACAUAAUAAAAUCAUACAAGUUCCCAGACCAUUUUCUUUUAGCGUUGUUGGUUGCUAGGUACAAGUAAUAUAAACAUUUACGGGGGAAAUUCUUUCCAAUACGGCCAGGACUGGUGCCACAUUGCAGCACAGACCUUAGGGGUAACGAGGGUUGCCAAGUCCAGUAAAACUAAACCC